AUGCUGGGUCGCAGUUGUACAGAGAAACGCAAACAAGUUCUGGAGCUGUUGCUCAUGAUGGAAACGCUGUGCAGCCUCCGCGGCUGCUUCACGGCUUUCGAAAGACUUUGGGAAAGUCUCAGAUCCAAGCCUCUUCGAAGCCAACAGGACGAGAAUCAGGCUGAUGACUCCUGUAUGACCCUUCCAAGUCCGCAAGCAGACUCAAUGCCCGAGGACUGUGACGUUGCGUCAUACUACCCGUCAGAAUCUUGGUCGCAAGAAUGGCUCGCCAAUGAAAAGACGUGGCAGCCAGAUGCUCAACAGGAUGUCUUCGGAGGCGACACGGAAGGCUCAACUUCCACUCCAGACACCUCCGAGGCACGGAACAAGGAAGAUCUGGAAAGCGACCCCCUUGAGGGGGACGUGAACAGGCACGAUGAGCAAGUGUUACAAGACAAGGUGGCUGAAGACCUGCACUCUGUCGAGGAUUGCGCGGGUGCAUGGUCAGAUGAAGGGGACGCUGCUUGGUUUGCAUGA